UCUUGAACAACCUCUUUCUCUCUUUAUUCUCACAAGUUUUCAAGAUGCAAAUCUUUGUUAAGACACUCACAGGAAAGACCAUUACACUUGAGGUUGAGAGCUGUGACACCAUUGACAAUGUUAAAACAAAAAUUCAAGACAAAGAAGGAAUUCCUCCAGAUCAACAAAGGUUAAUUUUUGCUGGAAAACAACUUGAAGAUGGUCGAACACUGACUGAUUAUAACAUUCAGAAGGAAUCCACUCUCCAUCUUGUGUUGCGUCUUCGUGGAGGUUAUAGAGAAGAAGAAGUUUAUCCAAUUUUUGUUAGGACUUAUAAAGGAGAAAAAAUUACUUUAGAUGUUACAAGUAAUUAUACAAUUGAGAAUGUGAAAAAGAUGGUCCAAGAAAAAGGAGAUUAUAAGGAUAAGUUACAUAUGUUCUUAGAUGGUAAACUUUUAGAAAAUGAGAAAACUCUUUUUGAUUAUCAUAUUAGAAAAAAUUGGACACUCCAUAUUAUACGGCGUUAGAAAGAUGGACUAUUAUUUUGGAGGUAGAGAACUCUAAUUAAUGCUGUAGUUGAUGUCAAAGCAAAAAUUCAAGAUUAGCAGAAGCUAGCUAAUUUUUUGCUCUUAAUUAAGUAGUAUCUAGGAUUGUAAUGAUUGUUGAUAUUAUUGCCUGGUGUUGUAUUAAUGAGAGAAAAAAUGAUGGAAAGUAA